CGCCUAUAUAUACACGUCUCUCAUCUCAUAAACCCCAACAAUCCUAGUACUGAGAAAAUGAGGACCCGUGCCUUGAUUUUCCUCUCCUUGGCUUCCUUGCUAGGAGCCUUUGCAGAACAAUGUGGGAGGCAGGCUGGUGGAGCCUUAUGCCCUGGAGGCCUAUGUUGUAGCCAGUUUGGUUGGUGUGGCAACACCGAUCCCUACUGCGGUGAAGGUUGCCAGAGCCAAUGUGGUGGUAGCCCUACUCCCGUACCUCCAACGCCUCCGAGCGGCGAGGGACUUAGCUCCCUCAUCCCUCAGUCUCUGUUUGAAAAUAUCCUUAAGCACCGGAACGAUGCGGCAUGUCCUGGCAGGGGAUUCUACACUUACAAUGCUUUCAUAUCCGCUGCAAGUGCCUUUGGUGCAUUUGCGACGGUUGGGGACACAGCGACGCGUAAAAGGGAGAUCGCAGCUUUCCUAGCACAAACCUCCCAUGAAACUACAGGGGGGUGGGCCACUGCACCGGAUGGACCGUAUUCUUGGGGAUAUUGCUUUAUCCAGGAACAGGGUAAUCCUCCUGAUUACUGUGUACCAAAUGCUCAAUGGCCAUGCGCUCCUAAUAAAAAGUACUACGGCCGAGGACCCAUCCAAAUUUCAUACAACUUUAACUAUGGACCGGCUGGAAGAGCGAUUGGGUCUGACCUCCUCAACAACCCUGAUCUGGUGGCCACUGACCCAGUCAUUUCAUUCAAAACUGCAUUCUGGUUUUGGAUGACCCCACAAUCCCCCAAACCCUCGUGCCAUGAUGUCAUUACCGGCAGAUGGACGCCCUCAGCCUCCGACAGGGCUGCCGGUCGGCUCCCAGGAUACGGCGUCAUCACCAACAUCAUCAAUGGAGGACUCGAAUGCGGCCAUGGCACUGACAGUAGGGUGGCAGACCGAAUUGGGUUCUACAAGCGGUACUGCGACAUACUCGGAGUGAGCUAUGGCGACAAUCUCGACUGCGGCAACCAAAGGCCAUUCGGCAACUCAAUGGAGUACUACAGCUCAAUGAAAUAAACUAGUCUUACUUUGGGCUGUGUACCAAAUGCAAUAAAUUAUCUCUGCAUCUAUGAGAUUUUGCUUAUGUCUACGCUGGCAUGAAUAAAACAUUAGCCAUAUAUGAUGGUCAAUGAUCCUAUGGUAAAGUUACCAUCAUAA